UUUAGUUCAGCGAAUUUUUUUGCAGUAUAUCAUAGUAAAGCGUAUAAGGAACUUCUGAUAUGGGAAAAAAUGUUCGAAGAUGAAUCCAGAACAAAAGAAAAAGACACGAUCAAGAUUUAUCACAAGAAUAGAAAUAUCAGUACCGAAUACUCGUAUAGGUUAGCGGAG